CAUCUUCUCUCUCUAAAUCGUCUUCUUCCCUAAGCCAAACCAGUUGCAGACUUGCAGGUCCGCCAUUGAUGCCAUUUUCUGAGCUCAAAACACUUUAACAAUGGCGAUCAAGGACACAAUUGAAGAUUCCGGCGAUGUUUUUCCGACGGAAUCAACUUUAUUCGGUAAAUACGAGCUAGGAAAGCUUCUAGGAUACGGUGCAUUCGCAAAAGUAUAUCACGCAAGAGAAAUUCUCACCGGAAAAAGCGUCGCCAUUAAAGCAAUCAACAAACAAAGACUUCUCAAAAGCGGUUUAACAGAUCAAAUUAAACGUGAAGUUUCAAUAAUGCGUAAGUUACGUCAUCCACACAUCGUUCGUCUCUUCGAAGUUCUCGCUACAAAGAAGAAGAUCUACUUCGUAAUGGAAUUCGCUAAAGGAGGUGAACUCUUUACUAAACUCUCCAAAGGCCGAUUCAGCGAAGAAUUAAGCCGUAAGUAUUUCCAUCAAUUGAUAACCGCUAUAAGUUAUUGUCAUUCCCAUGGCGUAUUUCAUCGAGAUCUGAAACCUGAAAACCUCCUCCUCGAUGAGAAUUGGAAUCUGAAAGUGACUGAUUUCGGUUUAAGUGCGGUUAAGGAAGAACAGAUUCAUUCAGAUGGACUUCUUCAUACACUUUGUGGUACACCAGCUUAUGUAGCACCGGAGAUUCUUGCUAAGAAUGGAUAUGAUGGAGGUAAGAUUGAUAUAUGGUCUUGUGGAGUGAUUUUGUUCGUUCUAAACGCGGGUUAUCUUCCGUUUAACGAAUCUAAUUUGAUGGUUUUGUAUAAGAAGAUCUAUAAUGGCGAUUAUCGAUGUCCAAAAUGGAUGUCAUUCGAUUUGAAACGACUAAUUUCUCGUCUUCUUGAUACAAAUCCAUGUAGUAGGAUAACUCUGAACGAGAUUAUCAAUGAUAAUUGGUUUAGAAAAGGUUUUAAGAAUGUUAAAUUUGAUGAAUUGAGCGUUUGCGAUGGCGGUGGCGAUUGUGAUAGCGAUGGGAAUAAGUUUUUGAACGCGUUUGAUAUCAUUUCGUAUUCGUCUGGGAUUGAAUUGUCGAGUUUGUUUGGUAAAUUGGAAGAGAAGGCUACGUUUGAGCGUUUUGUGUCGAAGAUGGCGGCGGAUGCGAUAAUCGCGGAGAUUGAGAUUGUGGCGAUUGAGGAGGGUUUGAUUGUUAAGGGUAAGAAGGAAUUUAAGGUGAAAGUGGAAGGGCGGGAUGGUAAAUUGAUUGUGGCGGUUGAGAUUCAUAGGUUGACGGAGGAAUUGGUUAUGGUUGAAGUUCAAAGGAGGGAAAAUGAAGGUGAAAGUGAAAGUGAUAUUUGGAAAAAGAAGAUUAAAGAUAGACUUGUUUAUAAAUUGGAUGAACUUGUUGAUGGUUAAUGAGUUUGUUAAAUUAUUAUUAUAAAGAAAAAAAAUUAAAUUAUGAAUUCUAGUGUAUUCAUAAACUUUGUAUAGUUGUACUUAAUUGGUUUGAACUUUUU